AUCCUACGGACGGCAGUACAGACCAAUCGAUGAUGAGAAUACCCUCCAUUCCUCGAUCCCUCUGGUGCCGAAAGCUCCCUCCCUUGCAUUUGUUGGAUCUCAUUUGUUGUCUCUCCAGCAAUUGAAACCCGGCCCAAAGAAAGGACGACGAGAACGUUCUAUCACGCCAAAGCACAAGAGCCCAAGAUAGCAACCCAAUUCAGGCCCUCUCUUUACGAAUCGAAUCAUCUAUCAGUUCGGAGUAAAGUCAUCCGCCAACAGCCUUCCGAUCGUGGUCCAGUGAUAUAAUUCCGAUCAGCCGACUAUAAACAAAGCGCAACAAUAAGCAAACAAACGACGAAAAAGACAACAACAAGUGCAACAAGACAAGGCUAUUGCGUUCUGCCACCUCAGUCCUUUGAUUGCUACAACCAAUUCGAUUAUCCAAGUCACGAGGCCAGGUAUCUAGUAUCAUAAAAAAAUCCGAUACUGACCCAUUUAGCAAUUCUACCCUCGGAAAGAAACCAUCCAGCAACAGGACACUAUCUUCAGAAUCCACUAUCAUCAUGUCGGACAUUGACGAAGAUUGGGAAGAGUGGGACGGCAAGUCUCCCUUUUGGCAUCACUGUGUGGCGGGUAGCACUGCCGGUCUGGCAGAGCAUACCCUAGUUUAUCCAUUGGAUACCGUUCGAACCCACAUUCAGGUUUGUGCCAAUUGCAAGUUCUCGCCUUCGUAUCAACAACAGCAAGUCGUCAAGUCGACCGCCACGGCCAUGCAUCAUCCUUCCUCGCAAAUGCGUGGACGAAUGCCGCUGCCGCCACAACAAGGGAAAAGCCACACACUGCCGCAGGGCAUGUGGCAAACGAUGCGAUUUCUUAUGAGUGAACCAGCCGUCUUGGCAGACGCCGCAACCACUACUACGGCCGAGCCACCCAAGCCGGAAGGCAUUAUGCGACUGUGGAGAGGAGUCCAGACCGUCAUGAUUGGAUGCGUGCCGGCCCAUGCCAUUUACUUUUCGUCCUACGAAAUGGUCAAGGCGUUCUUCACCAAUAACGGCAAUGCCGAAUUGGCAUGGUACGGUGGUAUGAUGGCGGGAGCCACGGCAACACUGGGACAUGACAUGAUCAUGGCUCCAUUGGAUACCGUCAAACAACGUCUCCAAAUAGGACAUUACCGAGGUAGCAUGUCGUUUGCUCUACAGCAAAUGGUACAAAAGGAAGGCAUGGUAGCAUUGUACCGAAGUUUCCCCAUUACCCUCUUUGCCAAUUUGCCUUAUGGAAUGAUCAUGGUCUCCACCAAUGAAACACUCAAACAAAUGUGGACCGACAACAAUCAUCAACCGCUAACACUCUCCACCACGCUCAUGGCAUCCGCCGCGGCGGGCUUUGUGGCAUCGGCGGCCACGACACCCCUCGAUCGGAUCAAGACAUUGUUGCAAACACAACAAAUGGCACCGGCGUGUUGGCCGACACCACCGGCCCAUUGUCCGCAGAAAAUUAAUGUGGCAUCCGAAGAACGAGUCGUUCGGACGGGAUACCAAGCAUUGCAACACAUUCUGAAACAAGAAGGGGCCAUUGGAUUGUUCCGUGGACUGGUACCGAGAGUCAUGUCUCAUACACCGGCGGUCGCCAUUUCGUGGACUACCUACGAAACUGCAAAGUCGGUAUUGUGGAAAGUGACACAACAAUAGUAAUAAUGAAAGAAGAAGGAUUCGACGACGAAUACCAACCAGUGAAAGAUCCCAAGUUUUGAGACGAGAAUGCACGUAAAAAUAACUAAAGAUAAAGAGCGCAAAACAAUUAC